AUGGCGAACAACUCGUUCCGUGAUUCGGUCAACUCGCUGGGUUGGUCGCGCAGAGAUCCGGACUUCCCCGUGCGCACUAAUAACAGCUCUGCUGAGACGCCAUUCCUCUCGCGUCUGCAGUCGUUGAACCCAUUCGGCCAAGGCGGAUAUGUCCAGCUUCCCACGCAUAAUGAGGCUCCCGGUGCACCGCUACCGGCGCCCACUCGACGAGAGGAGGAAGAGGGUUUCUUUGCCUUGAGUCGAUGGGAUCGAAUGCUCAUCUUUGGCGCCUGCAACCUGGGCGCCGCCGUUUGCUUCAUGAUUUGCUUUUUCCUCUUCCCAGUCCUCACGCUCAAGCCUCGCAAAUUCGCCGUCUUGUGGUCUGUCGGCUCAGUCCUGUUUUUGUUAUCAUGGGCGGUCCUCAUGGGACCCUGGUCCUACGCUAGACAUUUGGUCUCGGGACCACGACUCCCUUUUACGGCGGCGUAUUUCGGAUCUAUUGCGCUAACCUUGUACUUUGCUAUCGGGCUCCAAAGCCUCUUCCUCACCCUCAUCUCGUCCAUCUUCCAACUCGCCGCCCUCGUCUGGUAUCUCGUCAGUUAUUUCCCCAUGGGCAGCACGGGUCUGCAAUUUAUGGGUCGGUUCGGCGUGUCCCGCGUUUCCGCUUGGGUUAGUGGGUAA